GAGGCGGAGGGGGAAGAAGGCGUGUCGAGUAGCGUGGAGGGAAGUUGUGAUAGGGGCGGGUAGAACAACGCGAAAGGCAGAAAGUGGGUAGGUGAGGCAGUGCGAGAGCGCCGGGCGGUGAGCUCCUGUUAAGCUCCUGUUAGCGGGGAGGCUAAAGAAGAGUGUGAGCGUAGAGAAUAAAAAAGAAGAAAGCAAACGGUUAGAAAACGUGUAUCAGAGUGGCAUGGGCGGGCGCUAGGACCCGGCGUCUAGAAGAUGCGGCUUUGGGGCUGCCAGGGUUCGCGCUUGCCUGGAGGCAACGCAGCAGUGGCAGAGGUCUUUGGCCGGGACGAAACGCUGCAGGGAGGGGUGACUUGUCUGCUUCCGGCCUCGGCUUGACUUUCCCUGCGCGCUAUCUUGUAUCCCUUCCCGCCUUUUGAGCCGGGAUAGAGCAGCGAUUUGGGGUCACACAGGCUCUCCUCCCGCUCGGCGGGACCCUUUUGGCUCCACCGCCCACCCUUUGGCACCCUUGCGCGCCUGGGCCUGGUGGUAGAGGCCAAGGCGUAGCCAGGCUGCUGAUUGGCGAGGAUGAGGGCGGGGCGGGGCAGUGGGGAACGCUGGGCCUCCGCCUUUCUGUGGUUGUUUCCCGCCAUGUCGUUUGUAGAGAGUGGCGGGCGUUCGGCUCCUCGGCGUGGCGGUCUCGGCAACCCAGCACCGGUCUCUCGGCCUGUGUAUUCUGUUUUCACUCAGGGGGACAGUUGGGGUGAAGGUGAAGUUGAUGAGGAGGAAGGAUGCGACCAAGUGGCCCGCGACUUGCGAGCGGAGUUCUCGGCCGGGGCGUCGUCGGAGCCCAGAAGGGGCCCCCAGCUUCUCCCGCCGGACGGCGAUGGGUCGCCCGUCCUACCUGAUAAGCGCAAUGGUAUUUUCCCCGCUGCUACGCGGAGCCGGGCCCAGGCUCGGCGAUGGCCAGUCCAGGUCCUGUCUAUUCUCUGUUCGCUGCUGUUCGCCGUUCUCCUCGCUUUCCUUCUCGCCAUCACCUACCUGAUCGUUAAAGAAUUGCAUGCCGAGAAUUUGAAAAAUGAAGAUGAUGUAGAUACUGGACUGUUAGGAUUCUGGACUCUACUUAUAAUAUCCCUAAUUGCGGGAUUCUCCUGUUGCAGCUUUUCUUGGACAGUUACUUAUUUUGAUUCUUUUGAACCAGGAAUGUUUCCUCCUACUCCUCUUUCACCUGCCAGGUUCAAGAAACUGACUGGACAUUCUUUCCACAUGGGCUAUAGCAUGGCGAUUUUGAAUGGCGUUGUAGCUGCUCUAACUGUGGCAUGGUGCCUCAUGUGAACCCACACUGGAACGAUAUUGAUGGCAAAAUUGCAAUUAUUUUGUAAUAACAGAAAAAAAAUCAUUGCCUGCUCAGAAGACUAAGAAGUCAUUAUGUGGUUCAGAUACAUACCAUAAUCUUCAUCAUUAUGGAGAACCUUUUAAAAGAUCAUUCUAGAGUCUAGGCAUUGAGACUAUCUUAAGUAUUAAGUUUCAGGUACUUCCUUUAAAGUAUAAGAUGCUUACCUCAUCCUUUUACUUUUGUGUGUGUGGUUCUUAUAAAUAAUAGAAAACGUUUUAAUGGAAAUCCAACUUGGACACUUGAAUACAGGAUAAUGUCUACCUUUCCAUGUAUAUAUACUACAAUUUUACUAAGAAAUACUGAUAUUACUGUUUAAUUGAGAUAGAAAUAUUUCUUAUAUAUUACAUUAGGAAAACAAACUGCCUACUCUGACAUUUUAUAGAAACUACUUUUAAAUAAAAAUAUUUAGUUUUUGAUAUUCAUAUAAUAGAAGGUGCAUUUAUAUCUUUUAUGAGGCAUAGUUCCUUAUUUUUUUUUUUUACAUAUUUUCCUACUACGUUAUGAAUCUGUAUGUUUUUUAAAUUAUUGCAUCUAGACAACUUUAAAUGUUAUCUUGGCUUGUGCAAACCUAAUACCUGCCAUUUAAACUAAGUAUUUUGGGAGGGAAAAAAAAAAAAAACUAAAAAGCACAUAGAUUUAAGUUUAAAAUUAAGCAAAUUUAUUUUUAAA